AUACAGUCUAUAGGUUGGUUGUUUGCCAACCGCCAUUACAAUAUAAGAAGAAGUCUAUAGUUUGGCUAGACAUUCCAGCUUAGUCGUGUUGAUCGGUGGCCGCCAGGGGGAGGCUGUGGGAACAUAGCCGAGGAAGCAGCAGACAGACAGUAGAAGAAGAAAACCGGAAGUAAACAUGGCCCAGGCGAAGAGCAUGGCGGCGAUCCUAGAGUUCCUCAGUAAAGCAGAGCUACUUAAACAGGGAGCAGAAGCCAGAGUGUACCGGUCAAAUUUUCUGGGAAGGCCGACUAUUGUGAAGGAAAGGUUCCGGAAACAAUACAGACACCCGCUGCUGGACGAGAAGCUGACCCACCGCAGGACGGUGCAGGAGGUCCGCUCCGUGCUGCGAUGCCGCAGAGCAGGCAUAUCAGUCCCUGUAGUUUAUUUUGUGGACUAUACAUCCCACUCUAUUUUCUUGGAGGAGAUUGAGGGCUCCUCGACUGUGCGAGACCACAUCGCCUCCGCUCCGCGGUCUGCUUCCUGUGAGGGGCUGGAGCCGCUGGCUGAGCGCGUGGGUCAGGUCCUGGCCAAAAUGCAUGACGAGGACGUCAUCCAUGGAGACCUGACCACCUCCAACAUGCUGCUGAGAUGCGGUCCAGAGGACGGGGAGUCGGAGCUGUUCCUCAUCGACUUUGGCCUGAGUUACAUCUCUGCUCUGCCCGAGGAUAAGGGGGUGGACUUGUAUGUGCUGGAGAAAGCCUUCCUCAGUACACACCCCAACACAGAGGCGCUGUUUGAGAGGCUGCUGAAGAGCUACGCUGUGUCAUCCAAGAAGUCGGCAGCGGUCAUUAAAAAGCUCGAUGAAGUCCGGUUGAGAGGGAGGAAGAGGUCCAUGGUGGGAUGAUGAUCUGUGGUGUGUUCAGGGACAGGCCUCUGGAAAUCACGUUUAUAAAAUCUGUCAUAGUUACAAAGCUUUCAUUGUGCAUAAAAGUACUAACAUUAAAUAAAAAAAUGUGAAAAAAACGUUUUUUCUUCUCAUGGAAGGAAUAUUUAAUAGAAAUAUGGAGUUCUAAAUGAUGUUGGCAUAUUCUGGAGAUUCUGGAAUUGUUGUGUGUUGUCUGUCUGCAAAAUGUAACAUACAAAGUGAGACUAAACAUGAUACAUCAGCCCC